GAGAGCUGGGUGUCGGCGGAGGAGAUCGAGAAGUGGAUGGAGGAGGCCAUGCAGAUGGCCAAAGAAGCCCUAGAAAAUGUUGAAGUUCCUGUUGGCUGCCUUCUGGUCUACAACAAUGAAGUUGUGGGGAAGGGAAGAAAUGAAGUUAAUCAAACCAAAAAUGCGACUCGGCACGCGGAGAUGGUGGCCAUCGAUCAGGCGCUGGCCUGGUGCCGGCGCGGCGGCUGGAGCCCGGGCGCGGUGCUGGGGCGCGCGGUGCUGUUCGUCACGGUGGAGCCCUGCAUCAUGUGCGCCGCCGCCCUGCGCCUCGUCAAAAUCCCGCUGGUGGUGUACGGCUGUCAGAAUGAACGUUUUGGUGGUUGUGGCUCUGUUCUGGAUAUUGCCUCUGCUGAUUUACCAAACACCGGGAGACCGUUUCAGUGCAUUCCGGGGUAUCGGGCCGAGGAAGCAGUGGAAAUGUUAAAGAACUUCUACAAACAAGAAAAUCCAAACGCACCAAAAUCAAAGGUUCGGAAAAAGGAAUGUCAGAAAUCCUGAACGUGUUCAAACGAAGGGACCAGUGCCCCUGGAUGAAACUCUUGCCUGAGAGCUGGUGACAUCAUCGAACCAUAUGUUACAUAUUAUCCUUCACCCGUGGGAAAAUGGUCUCUCAUCAUUUCCUCCGUUAAAGAAACAAAUGAACACUUUGAAAAAGUUUGACCAUUGUAAUCAUCUGUUAGUUUUUCCAAAAGCAGAAGGAAUAUUUUAAGAAAGGGACAAAUGAAAGAUGAAGGUUUUAGAAAUUAGUAAGCAAUGCAGUGCACUUCCUGCCAACACCAUGGUGCCCAGCCCAGGACAGUGCUGCCAGAGAAUGAGCCUGCAGGCCCGGUUACCUGGUGUGUCUGGACCGGGCUCUGCCACCUCGGACACCUGCUCCGCCCCUGGCGUUGCAGAAUCAGGUUCUUCAUUCUUUGCAACCACUGUGUUCUUCCAGCGUGUCAGGGGCCUGUGACUUCUUUGGAAAUUGAACAUGAGUCAUAUUCAUGUAGACCAUGAUUCUGUGGUCCUUUGAACAGAUUUUUUUACCUUUAUAAAGCAUUUAGAGAAAGUGCACAUUUUAAAACACGUGCUUAACUGUCAUUUUAAAUCGCAACAUAUUGCUAAAAUAAAACUGUAUUUGUGCCUUUUUUGAAGAUGGAUAGUCUUAAAAAUAAAAGAUAAAAGCAUAAA